GUCGUGGUAAAGAUUUCAAUAUUUUUGUUUUGUGUGUGUUUAUAGUAAUAUUAUUUACAUGGUAUAUUAUUUAGGUAUAGAAAAUAUACGAAAUGAAUUUCAGUCUACUGGGACUAUUUGUAUUCGUAAAUCAAUGUGUUAGUUAUAAAAUAUUGGCUGUGUUUCCGUACAAUGGAAGGAGUCACCACAAUUUAUUUUCGACUUUGGUUGAAGAGUUAGCUUUAAGAGACCAUUCGGUUACAGUUGUGAAUUAUUUUCCAAUGAAAAACAUAUCGAAAUUAAGACAAAUACCACUCGAGUACAAAGUGAGCGGAAGCGAUGUUGUUGAUAUAGACGAUACUCUAAAAAACCUUCCUGGUAUAUUGGUUAAUUUUCAUAAAGCUUUGGACACAGCGAGAGCUUUCAAGAAUUUAGCUAACUCAAAUUGUGAUAAAUUGAUGUCCAACAAAGAAAUACAAGAAAUAAUAUCGUCGAAGACUAAAUUUGAUUUAGUGAUAGUUGAGCAAUUUGUGACGGACUGCGGUCUUGCUGUUGCCUUUAAGUUGAAUGCACCCAUUGUCGGUAUAACUGCUCAUAUUUUGAUGCCGUGGACUUAUUCAAGGUUGGGUGCGCUCAAUCACCCGGCAUACGUUCCGAAUCAUUUCAUUGGUAGCGGAACCAAGCCUGGCUUUUGGGAUAAGAUACAAAGUGCACUAAUUAAUAUCGCUUUCAACAUUUACUUUAAGUAUGUAAUUCAAAAAAGCGACCAAAUGAUAAUCAAUAGUGUUUUUGAAGAUGUACCGGACUUGGAUGAGAUCGGAAAGAAUAUUUCAUUGAUUUUAUUGAAUCAGUAUUUUCCUUUGACUGGAUCUCGGUUAUAUGGAGCGAAUGUUAUUGAAGUUGGUGGUUUACAUAUCAAAGAAAAUACAACUAUAGAUGAUGAGGAAAUUAAAAGCUUCAUUGACAAGGCAGAAAGCGACGUCAUUUACAUUAGUUUUGGAACUGUUGCAUCUAAUUUUCCGGAUAGAAUAAUUAAAGAAAUAAUAAAUUUUAUCACGAAAAGUUCCGUAAAGGUUCUAUGGAAAAUUGACAAUGUUGGUAAUUUGAAUUUGCCGAAGAAUGUUUUAAUAAGAAAAUGGUUUCCGCAGACUGCUGUUUUGUGUCAUCCAAAAGUGAAAGCAUUUAUCACACAUUCUGGAAUGUUAAGUUCAAUUGAAGCUAUGCAUUGUGGGGUGCCAGUCAUAAGCGUUCCGUUGUUCGGAGACCAAUUCGCGAACGCAGCGGCAGCUACUGAAAUUGGCUUGGGAGUUACCAUUGAUGUUUCCACAAUGAAUGAAAGAAAAAUCAAUCAAGCCCUAAAAACUGUGAUGCAAGAUUCGUAAGUUUAUGACUUAUGAAUAUUACUACUAACAUUCAUAUGAACGUAAUUUUUAGU